AUGUCUAAGUGGGUGGAGUACCGGGCCUUGCGCUCCGCGAACGGUAAGCUCAUUGAGGCUGCUCUCGAUGAUUUGGUGAUUUCCCGGUGGGGAACUCCGCAUGUUCUCAUCACGGAUAACGGUACGGAGUUCGUAAAUAAGACUAUCGCAGCUUUCGCCCAGAAGAAUAAUAUAGAACAUUCGACGGUACCGCCGUAUCAUCCUCAGGCCAAUCCGGUAGAGCGAGUGAAUCUGAUCCUGAAGACGAUGAUCGUUGCAUUUCUCGAUCGUGACUAUCGGGAUUGGGACGCACGGCUGUCGGAUUUCCGGUUCGCGUACAAUACCGCCUACCAUUCGUCUCUCGGCACGUCCCCGGCAUUUAUAAAUCACGGCCGCGAGUUGGAACCGGCAAAAUCGCUGAGGCGACGAGCCGAAAGGAACACCGCUGUUGAGCCCGGCGAUCCCGAGCAGUGGUUGAAGCGAAUGAAGAGUUAUGUACCGAUUCACGAGUGGGUGCGCGAAAAUUUAGAGCGGGUUUAUCAACACCAAGCCCAGUAUUAUAAUUUGCGACGGCGACCCCGAACGCUUCGAGUUGGAGAUCUAGUAUUCAAGAGACAACACGUGCUAUCGUCGGCCGCCCAGAAUAUCGCGGCGAAACUCGUCCCAAAAUUUCACGGCCCAUUCAAGAUCUCGAAAAUACGACUUCCCGUGUUAUAUGAGUGGGAGAGAUUAGACGGGAGUUCGGCGGGCAAGAUUCACGUACAGGAUCUAAACCCGUACGUGUCGUCCGAGCCAACCAAGUGA